AGGAAGUGCUGGAACGACCUAGUUCAUUACACUCUCCAUUUGAUCGGCACUGAAACUCUCCUUUGUCAAUGUGGUUACGUUAUUUUAGGUCAAACCAAACAUUCUGAAUCACAGCGUCUAAAUAUGGAGUCUCUGAAUUCCCAACGCUUCUAUUCAACUACUGAUAAUAUGCUGUUAAGAAGUAGCUGAAUCCAAGAACCUCGCGUGCCGUGUACACACAAAUAGCAACUUUGCGAAGGCAAUGUUGGAACGGUAUUUGCCUACAAAUGCCUGCUGUGCUGUGUUGUUUUGCACCCUUGUUCUGCGAUGGGAUCAUGCCAGCUGCCAGCAAUCGGCUUCCACUCUUCCUUAUGAGUCAAAAACAACUCAGCGCAUGGAUCUGGGAAAUGUCUGGAGUUCAGAUAGUCCUGCUGGGGAUGUAGUGGACCACAAUGGAGAUGAGUGUGACGUCGUGAUGAACUUGUCUUCUAGACAGAGAUGUGAGUUUGUGAAGAACACACCAGAUUGUUCUUCAGAUGAAGGAUUUAUCAAUUACCCAUGGGUCACCUUUUGCCUGUUCUCACCUCAUCUACUGCCCCUAGUCAUCACACUCUAUGUUCUCUGGCUGUUUGUGCUCUUCCUUGUUCUUGGGCUGAUUGCAUCAGAUUUUUUCUGCCCAAACCUCUCCGCCAUUUCCUCCACACUAAGACUGACUCAUAACGUGGCCGGGGUGACAUUCCUGGCUUUUGGAAAUGGGGCUCCAGAUGUAUUUAGUGCCAUGGCUGCUUUCUCUCACCCUCAAACCGCUGGUCUUGCCAUUGGAGCACUGUUUGGUGCAGGGAUCUUUGUGACAACAAUUGUUGCUGGGAGCAUUGCUCUGGUUAAACCUUUUACUGUGGCAUCCCGUCCAUUUCUUCGUGAUGUCAUAUUCUACAUGGCUGCUGUGUUUUGGACCUUCACUAUCCUCUAUAAAGGCCACAUUACCCUGGGAGAGGCAGUGGGGUAUCUGGGGCUGUAUAUUGUAUAUGUUUUGACUGUGGUUGUGAGUGCAUAUGUAUACAAUCGUCAGAAGCAUCAGCUGAAUAACUCAAUCCAGAGCUCAGAUAGAGCACAAGAAGAUAUUCUAAACUCUGAUGCAUAUUGGGAAACUCUGAGUGGAAGCAGACAAGCACCCGAUGAAGAGUAUGAGCAUUUGCUGCCUUACACUCAAUCAACCACUCAAAUCUUCCUGAAUGCCAUUAACCCGGUGGACAGCCGGAACUGGAGGAGAUGGCACUGGAGUGGCAAACUCAUCAAAGUGAUCAAGGUGCCUAUAGAAGUGCUGUUACUGUUGACAAUUCCUGUGGUGGACAGAGAUAAGGAGGAUCAUAACUGGAAACGCCCCCUUAACUGUCUUCACAUAAUCACUGGGCCACUAGUGUGUGUGCUCACUUUCCAGUCUGGAGCUUAUGGUUUGUACCUCAUUCAGGGAGAAGUUCCAGUUUGGGUGCUCACAUUCUGCAUUGGAUUCUUCCUCUCUGCCUUAGUCUUCUUCACUACCACAAACGAACGUCCUCCUGCAUAUCACUUUCUGUUUUCUCUGUUGGGUUUUGUGGUUAGUGCUCUGUGGAUCAGUAGUGUGGCAUCAGAGAUUGUUAGUGUGCUGCACCUGCUGGGUGUUGUUCUCCAUUUCAGCAACACUGUACUAGGCCUCACCUUGUUAGCUUGGGGCAACAGCAUUGGAGAUUGCUUUUCAGACAUUACUUUAGCCCGUAAGGGUUAUCCACGGAUGGCCAUCGCUGCUUGUUUUGGAGGCAUUAUUUUUAACAUGAUGUUUGGUGUGGGUCUGGGCUGCCUGCUGCAGAUGUUCCAUCAUAAUCGCAUUGUGAUGCUGGAGCCAGAGGGAUCGCUAUGCUGGGUUCUUUCAGGAGCGCUGGGUCUGUCUCUGGUCUUCUCCUUCAUACUAGUCCCUCUUCAGUGUUUCCACCUGAGCCGAGUCUAUGGAGUUUUUCUCCUGAUCUUCUAUGUUGUCUUCCUCCUCAUCGCCCUGCUCACAGAGUUUAAGAUUAUCCAAUUCUGACUUCAGCAGGAACACUAACUGGACAUGUGCAAUGACUCAUCAAAUGUAUAAGAUUACCUUUUUUUUCUUUCUUCUUAUUUAAUAUAUAUGUAUUCUAAGAUUUCAUCAGGGCCAGUAAUUCCUUUACACUAGUUAAAUUGUCUUUUUAAGCAAUGAUACUGUUCAAUCAUGAGAUUAAAAUAUAUAUUU